AUGAGUCUCAUACCCGCUGACUGGGCUUUGGCCACCACUCAUAUUGCCAGUGACUAUGUUUGCUGCCAGUUCUGUGCUAUUGUUGGAGUGGCACCGAAGAUCCUCCCACCGCCGGAGCUUGAUGUUGUGUUGAUGCUUGGUUGUUCCCACCUUGCAAGGAUCCUCGCCGAUGCAUAUCUCAAUCCAGUCACUAUUAACUUCGAUAUGACGAGGUAUCCAAAGUACUGCAAAAGCAGGAGAGAGGUGUUAACCCCAGACGUGAAGAAUUCCUCCUCACCCGAUACCCGCCGGAUCAGUGAGAUUAUCCUGGAGCGUCCUGCAGUUGUCCUGGACAAAUUUGGUCUUAUCGUGCUAUGGUACCUCCCCGGAGCCAUUGAUGCUGCCAUUCAGAAUGACAUGAUUUCGGCGACAAUGAUGAUGUCAGGCCUGCUGGGCAAGAGUAUCACCUGUGGUACAUCGCUGAAGGAGAAAUGGCAUACCGAUGAAUCCAAUUUUCAAAUCAGUGAACAUGGCCUUACCUCAGGGUGCAUAAAUCUAUCACCGUGCUGGUUCCUGCAAGCUCAUCCAGCUCCACAGUUUCAGCCUGAAGUGUCGGCGACCCUUAAAUGCAACAAUGGUGUGGCCUACUGUCGGGCGAUGUGCAGACCGGUGGCCCUUGUUGCCGCUGCAUUGAGAGUCAUGCACUCCGGUCUCUAUUGGUCAUCAUUGACAACACAACUGGGGCUCGGGGUUUGGGCAGAUACUCAUCAAACACAGACCAUGGGGACGCGGCUCAGAGAAUGGGCAUCUGUCUUUACUGUUGUUGCUGUUAUGUGCAACCAGUAUACUCCCUUGCACCAAGAUGCUCUAUCCCGCACUCAAUGGUUUGACAUAAUGACCAGUGUCGGCGGUUAUACAUUGGCGCGAAUGAAGAUGCCAAAUAUAGGGAUUGAAAUUGCCUAUAAUCCAGGUGUCAUGGCUGGUACCUCGGGAAGAAUUGUUAGGCAUGGGGUGAACUGGGUGAACGGCGAUCAAGUUGGCUGGGUGUGGUAUAUGAGGGAUGAUAUUCAUGAAUUUGUAGAUGUACCCCGAGAGUUAUGGUAG